UCCGUCCCUUCCCUCCCUCCCUCCCCUCUAGGCUGGUCGGUGCGCCGGGGCGCCCGGUCCGCUCCGCAGCUGGGACGCGCGGAACUCGAGGCAGGAGUAGGCUCUUUGGAGCCGCGUCCCUCCCUUCCCCUUCCCUGCCCCCUUCCCCCACCCCGACGCAAGCUUGGCGCGACUGCCAGAGGAACCCCGAGCCCGCAUUUGCUGCAGCGCGCAGUUGGUCUGGUACCCGGCAAACUUGCAGCUGUUGUGACCGCGCUCCGCUGAGCCUGCCCAGGCCCCUGAGCUGCAGGGAUGGAAAACUCCUCUGCGGCGUCGGCUUCCUCCGAGGCAGGGAGCAGCCGCUCCCAGGAGAUUGAGGAGCUGGAGCGCUUCAUCGACAGCUAUGUGCUGGAGUACCAGGUGCAGGGGCUGCUGGCCGACAAGACAGAAGGCGAUGACGGCGAGAGCCAGAGGACGCAGUCCCACAUCUCUCAGUGGACAGCGGACUGCAGUGAGCAGCUGGACAACAGCAGUUCCUUCUCCCGAGGGCGAGCACCCCCACAGCAGAAUGGCAGCAAAGACAACUCUCUGGACAUGCUGGGCACGGACAUCUGGGCUGCCAAUGCCUUCGAUUCCUUCAGUGGUGCCACCUGGGACCUGCAGCCUGAAAAGCUGGACUUCACGCAGUUCCACCGCAAGCUCCGGCACGCACCCAAGCAGCCGCUGCCCCACAUCGACCGUGAAGGGUGUGGAAAAGGGAAGCUGGAAGAUGGAGAUGGCAUCAACCUGAAUGACAUUGAGAAGGUCCUUCCUGCCUGGCAGGGCUACCACCCGAUGCCCCACGAAGUGGAGAUAGCGCACACCAAGAAGCUGUUCCGGAGGAGGAGAAACGAUCGAAGACGGCAGCAGAGACCUCCAGGAGGAAACAAGCCCCAGCAGCACGGUGACCACCAGCCAGGCAGUGCCAAACACAGCAGGGACCACCAGAAGUCCUAUCAAGGAGGCCCAGUGCCCCAUGCCUCAGGGAGGCCCACCCACCACGGCUACAGCCAGAACCGGCGCUGGCACCACAGCAAUGUGAAGCACCCACCAGGCGACAAGGGGGAGGCAGGCGCCCACCGCAAUGCCAAAGAGACCGUGACCAUCGAGAGCCCCAAACCGGAGGACACCCCACGGGACACCGAGCACAGUGGCCUUGAGCCCCCUCGAAGCCCUGAUGCCUCCGCCCUGCCAACAUCUGAGAGGCUACCCACACUGAUGCCAGGGGGGCCAGAGGCUGAGACAAAGCAUAAAGACAGUAUUAUUCCCGAACGCAUUGGGGAGCGGCCCAAAAUUACCCUGCUUCAGUCCUCCAAAGACAGGCUGCGGCGAAGGCUAAAAGAAAAGGUACCGGAAGAAGUGAUGGUGGAGGCAACCCAUCCUCAGCAGAACAAGAUGGACAAGCUGAUCGAGAUCCUGAACAGCAUGCGGAAUAACAGCAGCGACGUGGAUGCCAAGCUCACCAGCUUCAUGGAGGAGGCCCAGAACUCUACCAACUCUGAGGAGAUGCUGGGUGAGAUCGUGCGGACCAUCUACCAGAAGGCCGUGUCAGAUCGGAGCUUUGCCUUCACAGCUGCCAAGCUCUGUGACAAGAUGGCACUCUUCAUGGUGGAGGGAACCAAGUUCCGGAGCCUACUCCUCAACAUGCUGCAGAAAGACUUCACGGUGCGCGAGGAGCUGCAGCAGCAGGACGUGGAGCGCUGGCUGGGCUUCAUCACCUUCCUGUGCGAGGUGUUUGGCACCAUGCGCAGCAGCACAGGAGAGCCCUUCCGCGUGCUCGUGUGCCCCAUCUACACUUGCCUCAGGGAGCUCCUGCAGUCUCAGGAUGUGAAGGAAGAUGCUGUCCUUUGCUGCUCUAUGGAGCUACAGAGCACAGGGCGACUGCUGGAAGAGCAGCUGCCCGAGAUGAUGAUGGAGCUCCUGGCCAGUGCUCGAGACAAGAUGCUGUGCCCCUCUGAGUCCAUGCUGACCCGGUCGCUGCUCCUGGAGGUCAUCGAGCUCCAUGCCAACAGCUGGAACCCUCUGACGCCCCCUAUCACGCAGUACUACAACAGAACCAUCCAGAAACUGACAGCCUGACAGCCAGGGGGCCUGGCGGGAAGCCCGCAGGCAGCUGGGGCCCUGGUGCGCAGAGCCAGAUGGACAGGCGGGAGGACAGGGGUGGCCCUGGUGGGAGAAAGAAAUGGGCAGGAAGGCAAGCAGAGUCAGUGGCCAGUCUGGAGCCAGCCAGGAAAGGGAUCAAAUCCCUGAGAAGGGCACCCCACCUUACACAUAAACACCCCCACCCCAGCCCAAGCAUGUGGCAGCUCCCACCAAUAAGGGAAGCAUGUUUCUUUUCCAUGGUGGCCCUGGCCUGCGACCUCCCUCAUUCCCACCCCUAUCUGCCCCUGCCAUCCAACCCAUACACCUCAAGCAGAGAUCUCUCUGCCACUCCUCAGACCACCCCACCCCCCCCCAAACACCAGCCUCCCACAUCGGGGCACUGCUUAGGUCAGAAAGGAUCUCAGAAGGCUGAAAAAGUGGGUCGAGACGGGCUCCCAUUGUUCCUUUCGUGCUGUCAGCCGCAGUCGCCAACUGGCAGCAGGCAACAUGUAGCAGAUGUCCGGGAGGACAAAGGCAGGCACGGUCCCCACCAGCCGCCAGUAAUUGACUGCCUUUGUCAGCCACAGUGGAGCUAGGGAGAGGCGCUUUUCUCUAACCUUCACACCCCACCCUCCCAACCUCAGUUCCUCCAGCCUUGGGCCCCCAGCCCAGGCCUAGGGGGCUGGCAGCCGGGAGGGGAGCUGGAGCUUGCAACUCAGCUUGCACCCUUUUCUUUUAUUGUGUUUUAUUUUUCAAAAGUUGGUUGCUUUGAAGUCUCUUCUCUCAAUGAAAAUAUCCUCUGUGUGAUCACAGUCAGCCCUGCAAGGACCUCCUGAUUAAUAGGAGAUCCAGCCCGGCCCCCUCUAGAAGGAUUCUAGCCAUAGACAGCUUGCCAGUAGCCAAUUAGGGUAAUUGGAAACUUCUGGCACGGCGGGGGUCCCCCCUGGAAUCCUGUGCCCCCUCCCCACCUCGCACACCCCCUCCCCGCCUGCAGUGACUCUGCUCUCCUGUUUCUGUCUCUCGAGGGAUGUGGUACUGCGGGUGCUGGGCUGUAUUAGACCUGGCCCUGGCCAUGGGGGUCUUGUGGCAAAUGGCCCAGAACAAGGUUGGCAAACUAAAACCAAAAUGAAAGCUUGUCCCAAGUGCCUAGUGAGGAGAAAGAUGGAGGGAGAGCUGCCUGGCUGCCCAGGAUUUGUCUAAAUCAUGGGCUGUGUCACUGCCCAAGCCUUAUCCUAGGCAGGAUCCAGAAGGCCUUCCCAAUGUUGGGAAAGAGAGAAAUUGUUGAGUCACAAGAAGGACAGUCAGGUAGGCUUUCCUGGCUGGAAACAAGGCUGGAUUUCUUUGGAAGGCCCUGGCCUAGAGAACAGUACCUUCUGUGAUGGCUAGAGAGGAAGGUGAGCUCAAGCUCUGGGAUGCUGGCAUCAGGAUCACAGCCUGAGUCCACACAAUCCAUGGCUGAGGUAUGGAGCCCAUGUUUUGAUGAGUCCUCCAGAAAAUGCCAUCAGAACCCAGCAGCCUCCUGAUUUGGUCCUUUACUGAGGUUGGUCAUAUCCUAGGUCACACCAGAAACCUCUUAUGGCCUCCUGAUCCAAAUCAGACUGGCGGGGAGGUGAAGUGGGGGGAGAUUUCUGCUGAUCAUUUCUAAAUCUAGGUAAAAGUUCUCCAUUCUGCCUGGCUUUUCCCCACUGAAACUGGCCUUCCAGUUCCAGGGGGCGUUCAGGUCCCCCUCCCAAAGCCUACUUGGGACAAGGUGUGAGAGGGCACAUUUUCCCUUUAAAUAGGUCAAUGGCCUCUGCCAAGAGGCCCACUCUGCCCCUGGCUGGCUCUGGCCCUUGCCUUCUUCCUCCCCCACUCCUCCUUCUCAAGCUUUCUCAAGCUGUUUCUCACUGCUUCUCUCCUGCACCAGCCCUCAGCCCCAGCCUGGAGCUUGGGGACACCAGAAACCCCCAGGAGUCCUUGAAGGAAGAGUUGGGCUGAUGUCGGUUGGGAUGCUCAGAGAGAGCACUGGGGAAAUCACGCUCUCCUGGAGUCAGGUAGCCCUGGCCAGGCAGCUGCUCCCUGCAGCCUCCGAGGGCCACGCCUAUGCUCAAAAGGGCCCCUCUUCCCUCAGGUGGUGGAGGUGGUGGUGGUGGUGGUGGUGGUGGUGGUGGUGUGUGUGGGUGUGUGGGAGUGUGGGGGGUGUACAAGCGUGUAUGUGCAUUGGCAAAGAACAAAGCAGGGUCCCCAGAAGACAGAGGUCUGACAGUUGAGUCUCCCAGACCCCAUACUCAGCUCACAGGCAGGCUCCAAGAAGGGGGCUCUCAAGGUUCUUGUGGAGGGGCUAGUGACCCCUGUGAAAGUUAGAGGACAUUGUGGGCACCAAAAGUCAGAUGUGCUUCUCCUGAUGGCCUGUUUGUGGGGGUCUGGCCUCAGGGCCAGGCCCUCUUUGGCCUCGAGGACUAGUGUGAAGAUGUGAGGUAUAAAUAUGUAUUAUAUAUAAAUAUAUUUUUAAUUACGUGUUGUGUCACGGUGGCUCCAGACGUACAGUUUGCCUAAUUUGUUCCACUGCUUGAAAGCACUUCCUGGCCCAUCUGAAUAACACUUUUGGCUGUUUUUCUAAAUGCAGGUUGCUGCUACUUUUUCAGACAUGGAAGGAAAACAUUCAAAAAAAAAAAAAAUUUUUUUUUUUUUUAAAGAAACAGCAAAGCCUAAAAUUUCAGAGUCUGGGGCAACUUCCCAUGGCAGACUUUCAGACAGGAACUAGGGAGCAGAAGUGGGUGCCCCGCAGAUCCCCGCCCCUACCCCAUGCCAGAACCUCCUGUGCUUUGAAAGGCCCUCUAGGUGUUGUCCCCACUCAGCAGCAGGCCUUGGGGCAUGGACGAGGCGCACUGCAAGCAUCUCCUGUUGACCCUCUUGGUGUGUUGUGUCCUCCCUUCCCACCGACCACCACCCUUCACCCCCCACCCGGUGCCUGUCAGGCUGAGUUCAGGGCUGUCUUCCUCUCAAGCAGCCCCCUUGCCAUUAUUCUCCCACCCACCCCUAGUCCUGGUGGUUUUGCCUGGGCUCUGGUGCCGCAGUCCCAGAAGGGCUCCCAGGCACCCUAGGACGUGGCUGGAAGCUCCAUCGUCCUCUAUGGGGACGGUGCACCCCCAAACCCAGUUCUGUCUGUUUGUCUUUCCUUAACCAGUCUGUAAACCUUUAUAGUUUGGGCAUCAUCCUGUCCAUGUGUAAAUGUAAAUGUUGACCCAGUCGGUAUUUAUUCUAAUUUUUAUUUUAUUUUAUUUUAUUUUCUCUGAGGGGUGGGAUUGUGGGAACCGUACCACUGGCCACACCCUGGGCAGCUGCAGAGGCCAGGGCCCAGAUGGCUUGGCUGCGAAGCGGAGCAACCCCCUGGGGCCACACCAGACAGCCCCUCCAGGAAGCCCAGGCCCAGGCCGUUAUCUGGCAUCAGAAGCUGCCAGUGUUCCUUGUCCCGCAGACGUGCGGGCCUGCUGUGGCAUGGUGUCCCUCAGCUACCAGACACUCACUGUGUUGGGAAACCUCUGGCUGGGCUUUGAGGAUGGGGGUCAGAGAGAAGACGACUCUCCUCUGCACAGGACGCUUGCAUGGAGCGGCCAGCCACCUCACCCAAGCCAGCGGGGAGCGGGACAGCAGGACCUACCUCCUGGAGCAGGGGUCUGGGGCUUCCCACCAAAGCUGCAGCAGAAUCCUGCUCAUGCCGACACCUUCCCGCCAUUGGUAUGUCCUGCUUUCCAGCUGAACCCAAACUACAAGUGGGUUUAAAAAAAUAAACCGUACCAAAAA